UGGCGCGAGGUGGCGGCAGGUGUGAGCCUCAGGGAGCCCCUGAUCUGGACACUGGAGACCUUUUGAGGACAGCUGGCUCCUUGGUGGGACCAGUCAGGUCAAGUUCCUGUGGAGAGAGGGAGCAAGGGAGAGGUGGCUGGUUCCCGGAUCUUAUAAACCCCAUGGACACCGUUUUGGAAACCAGACUCCAAACUCAGCAGAAGAGCAGCCAGAAUGGCCAGGAGACCAGCCUGUGGUCCUCAGGCUUUGGGAUGAAGCUGGAAGCUGUCACCCCAUUCCUGGGGAAAUAUCGCCCCUUUGUGGGUCGUUGCUGCCAGACCUGCACCCCUAAGAGCUGGGAGUCCCUCUUCCACAGAAGCAUAAUGGAUCUAGGCUUCUGCAAUGUGAUCCUGGUGAAGGAGGAGAACACCAGGUUUCGGGGCUGGCUGGUUCGGAGGCUCUGCUAUUUCUUGUGGUCACUGGAGCAGCACAUACCCCCCUGCCGGGAUGCCCCAAAGAAGAUCAUGGAAAGCACUGGGGUGCAGAACAUCAUCUCAGGGAGGGCCCCAGGAGGGGCUGGGGAAGGCCAGGUGCCCAGCCUUGUGAAGAAGGAGGUACAGCGCAUCCUGGACCACAUCCAGGCUCCGCCCUGCCCCUUCUUGCUCAGGCUGUUCAGCUGGGCACUGUUGCGGUUCCUGAACUGCCUCUUCCUGAAUGUGCAGCUCCACAAGGGCCAGAUGAAGAUGGUCCACAAGGCCGCCCAGGCGGGCUCGCCGGUUGUCUUCCUCUCUACCCACAAGUCACUCCUGGAUGGGAUCCUGCUGCCCUUUGUGCUGCUCUCCCAGGGCUUGGGCGUGCUCCGUGUGGCUUGGGACCCCCGUGCCUGCUCCCCAACCCUCAGAGCUCUGCUGAGGAAGCUUGGGGGACUUUUUCUGCCCCUAGAGGCCAACCUCCCCCUGGACAGUUCUGAGGGAGUCCUUGCAAGGGCUGUGGUCCAUGCGGCUAUGGAGCAGCUGCUGGUCAGCAGGCAGCCCUUGCUCAUCUUUCUGGAGGAGCUCCCUGGGGCCCAGGGGCCUCGGCUGUCAGCCUUGGGCCAGGCCUGGCUGGGACUGGUGGUGCAGGCAGUCAAGGUGGGCAUCAUCCCAGAUGCUAUGCUGGUGCCAGUGGCCGUCACCUAUGACCUGGUUCCAGAUGCACCACGUUACGCACACCACGCCUCAGCCCCACUGGGACUGUGGACAGGAGCUCUGGCUGUCCUGCGGAGCCUGCGAGGCUGGGGCUGUAGCCGCCGGGUCUGUGUCCGUGUGCAGCUGGCCCAGCCCUUCUCCCUGCAGGAAUACACCAUCAACGCCAGAAGCUGUUGGGGUAGCAGGCAGACCCUGGAGCAGCUGCUGCAGCCCAUCGUGCUGGGCCAAUGUACUGCUGUCCCAGACACUGAGAAGGAACAGGAGUGGGCUCCAGUAACUGGGCCCCUUCUGGCCCUCAAGGAGGAGGACCAGCUCCUGGUCAGGAGGCUGAGCUGUCACGUCCUGAAUGCCAGCGUGGCGAGCUCGGCGGUGAUGAGCACGGCCAUCAUGGCGACACUGCUGCUGUUUAAGCAUCCGAAGGGGGUGUUCCUGUCACAGCUCCUGGGGGAGUUCUCCUGGCUGACGGAAGAGACAUUGCUGCGCGGCUUUGACGUGGGCUUCUCAGGGCAGCUGCGGUGCCUGUUGCAGCACACACUGAGCCUGCUGCGGGCACACGUGGCUCUGCUGUGCGUCCGCCAAGGGGAUUUGCUGGUGGUUCCACGGCCUGGGCCAGGCCUCAUGCGCCUCGCACGCCUGAGCGCUGAGCUGCUGCCCGCCUUCCUGAGUGAGGCCGUGGGCGCCUGUGCUGUGCGGGGGCUGCUGGCAGGCAGAGUGCCACCUGAGGGGCCCUGGGAGCUGCAGGGCAUCGAGCUGCUGAGCCAGAACGAGCUGUACCGCCAGAUCCUGCUGCUGCUGCACCUGCUGCCACAAGACCUGCUGCUGCUGCCGCCUUGCCAGUCUUCCUACUGCUACUGUCAGGAGGUGCUGGACCGUCUCAUCCAGUGUGGGCUCCUGGUUGCUGAGGAGACCCCAGGCUCCCGGCCAGCCUGCGACACAGGACGACAGCGUUUGAGUGCAAGGCUGCUGUGGAAACCGAGUGGGGACUUCACUGAUAGUGACAGUGAUGACUUCGAGGAGGCUGAGGGCCGGUACUUUAGGCUCAGUCAACAGUCGCGCUGCCCUGACUUCUUCCUCUUUCUCUGCCGCCUGCUCAGCCCACUGCUCAAGGCCUUCGCACAGGCUGCCGCCUUCCUCCACCAGGGACAGCUGCCUGAUACUGAGUCAGGCUACAUGGAGCAGCUGUUCCAGUUCUUGCAGGCCACUGCCCAGGAGGAAGGGUUCUUCGAGUGUGUGGACCCAAAUCUAGCCAUCAGUGCUAUCUGGACCUUCAGAGACCUGGGGGUACUACAGCAGACACCUAGCCCUGCAGGCCCCGUGCUCCACCUGUCCCCUACGUUUGCCAGCCGGGACAAUCAGGAAAAGCUGGAACAGUUCAUUCGGCAGUUCAUUUGUGGCUAGAACUGUGAGGUGGAGCCUGCGCUGAGACGUCUCAGCCCUAGAACACAGCCGUGCCCCGGGGCCAGAAGACAGAGGAGGCUGCAGACCCUUAGCUGGACUAUAAAAUCUUUGAGGUCUGAUUGUCCCUUGUUGUCUCUUGCUUUCUCCAUCCUUUGGUGUGAUAAAUGAAGGGACUGGAUGAGUCCUUUUUUUCCAAG